AUAUAUAUAUAUUUAAGACAUUUAUUUAAAUAUUUUAACAGGAGAUGGAGACAGAUAAAAAUGAAGAUGAUGAGAAAAAGAAGAAAGCUCCCAAGUGUGGCUUCAUCAAAGGAAAUGAGAGGAUUGUGAAGUUGCUGGAUAUUGUAAAACCAGAGAUAAUGGCUUUGAAGGAGACCUGCAUCACUGUUUCUUGCUGGAUUUAUCAUCUAAUUCCAAAAAUAGAGGACGGAAAUGAUUUUGGAGUUGCAAUUCAGGAAAAGAUCCUUGAGAGAAUUACUGCUGUGAAGACCAAGGUGGAGGGUUUUCAGACCAACAUUAACAAGUACUUCUCAGAGAGAGGUGAUGCAGUGGCAAAAGCUUCCAAAGACACACACGUGAUGGAUUAUCGCUCUCUGGUGCACGAGAAGGAUGAAGCGGCAUAUUCUGAGAUUAGAGUGAUUAUGCUUGAUAUACGUGGUUUUUAUGCUGAACUCUAUGAUGUCAUCAGCAAGAACCUGGAGAAAGUGACGAAUCCUAAAGGAGAAGAGAAGCCCUCCAUGUACUGAGACAGAUGCUUACUGGGACCAGUGCAGUUCUACAGCUAGACCUGUUUUCAGAAUUUCUAAUUUCUUCACAUGAUUUCUGACACUCUACAGAUACAUCUUUUAAAUAGUUUGUUAGUAAGCUUGUUAAAUCAGUCAUAAACCUACAGUGUGUUGUGGUACAAAUUAUGAGUUCAUGUAAAUCUACAUGGACAUUUAUUUCAACAUAUACAAAAUAAAUCAGGAAAAUUCACAAAUGUGACGCAUUCUUAAUGCAAAGAACCACAUUAAAACAUCAUAAAUAAUGA